AAUCAAUCCAUUGACCACUCGUUGGAUGCCAUCAGUGAUCGUGUCAUACGUGUAGCCACUGAUCAUGGAUUCAAAUGCUGUCAACACUAACCAUAAUAACAAUAACAAUGCCAAUGGUGUCGAUGAUAUCGAUGACAACAGUGCUGUCAUUUUGAACAAUCAAAACAAUAACUCAAUUACCGGUCAUAAGAAUGCGACUGAGCCGACGAGUGUCAACACCAGCGGCGAUGACAAGAGCUCUCUAUCGCUGCCGCAAACCUCCGAAGCGGACACUCAGUCCAUGUCGUCGUCGACGUCGACGUCGAGUUUGCCACCAAUGCAGACAUCGAUGACAGCCGUUCCCGCAGACAGUCACCCCUUACAGCGCUCGACGCCAUCACCGCAACCGCCACCGACUGGAGGGGCGCCUUACCGGGCCUUACCAUCGCUGCGACAACGGGUGACAUACUUGGGCUGCGCGGCCAUCAAUGCGCCCCGAAGUGAGGCUGAGAUACAGCGAAAUAUGGCUAUACUUAACGAC